AUGGGGGACGAUCAGAGCUAUUACAAGGCCUCCAAGGGGAAAUUGCCAAUUAAGUGGAUGAGCCCGGAAAGUAUUAAUUUUAGGAGGUUUACGACUGCCAGUGAUGUUUGGAUGUUUGGUGUCUGCAUAUGGGAGAUUCUAAUGUUAGGUGUAAAACCAUUCCAAGGUGUGAAGAACAACGACGUGAUUGGUAAAAUAGAAAACGGUGAACGUUUAGCGUUACCGCCCGAUUGUCCCCCUCGCUUGUAUUCUUUAAUGUCGCAAUGUUGGUCUUACGAACCAAGUAAAAGGCCUAGUUUUAAGGACAUCAAGGAAAUACUUCAGGAGAUUUUAUCUGAAGAAAGAAGUGCUCAACAGGAAACGCUACGGAGAGAAAACCGUAGAGCUGCCGCCAUGUCUUGGGGCCCCAAUGACGAUUUCGCGCCCCCACCAAAGCCUAAUAGGUAUCCCAUGCAAGGAAUUGAGGAGGACCCGUUAUGCUCGAUAUGUGGAGAAGGCGAGGUUACCCCUAUCCAUCUACUAGGACAAUGCACAUCCUUCAGGAGUUUAAGACAUAAAGUCUUUGGUAUCGAAGAGUUGCAAGAGGAUGAGGUGAGAGACAUGCCAUGUCAUGUCAGGUGUAGUUGCAGAAAAAUCGGACUUGAAAGCUCCGAUGCUUGCACCAAUUGUCGGGGAAUAUCGUGUGUAAAUACGAAACAGAAAAUAAUAAUUGACCCGGAAGAUCUUACUGCUGAAAUAGAUGAUUUGAAUUGUUCAAACAUUAUAACAACUAGUAACAAUGAAAUAAGCAAUGCCGAUGAUGAUGAUUCUCAUUAUUAUAAUAAUAAUGAUUAUAAUGAUAGCGACGAUGAUAGUUUUCAGAAUGAGUUGGAACUCAUUGAAGUUGAAUAUGAGUUCGAGUAG